CUUUUAAACGUUUCGCUUAAAAAUAGAUCAAAUCUGAAUCUCGAAGGAGGUCAAAAAGCCUAUCCAGAGGCUGGAUACUACAGGACCUGAUCAGCUAUGACGGGUCUAUCCCGAUAAACGGGUUUAAAAGGCCAUGAUCUCUUCGGAAUAGCUACUUCAGGAAGGGAAAAUUUUAUCAUUAACUCAGUUGAUAAAACUAACACUAAAAACAUUUCGCACCUACUUACAUUGGCGUGCCUCCUUGCGGCAUAAGGAAUAUCAAGGACUUCAUUACACUGUACAUAUUCGCGUAUCACAUCUGAGGCACCGUUAAAAGACAUGGAGAUUGAUAGAUCAAUGUUUCUUCGCCAUAAGGCGAUACCUCUACUUUCGUUGAUUCAAGCAAUCUUGGUCGUUCGUCUUGUUUCCUCCGAGACGGUUAUUCUAGAUUCUCAUUCUCGAUACGACCAAUCAUGGGAUUGGCUAACCACAUAUGAACUGGCGACUGGUAGCGGGUGGGGCCGCAGUUCACAAACAGGAGAGUACCUCGUCUGUGAUCUUCCAGAAACUGCAACGAAAAGCACCAACAGUUGGCUAAUUUCAAAUUUCAUUGACCUGCAAGGCGCAGUAUCAGUAACUGUUCAACUAGAAUUCACUGCGAGACAAUGUGACCGUCAGUCACUUCCUUUCUGCAAGGAAUCAUUCAUGUUAUAUGUCUACCAAACAGACCAAAGGUUAAUAUCUGGAGUGCAGAAAUCAACGAUUCUGGCUGGACAUUUUACGUUCGCUGCAACCAUCGCUCCUAUUCACGUGUGGAAUUCUGCUCAGGCGAGAAUAACAAACAAAGCAGCAGUUGGACUCACUGUUCAAAGCAAAGGACUUUAUUUAGGAUUUCGAGACAUAGGAGGGUGUAUCGCACUCGGGAAAGUUCAAGUUGUUUCCAACUUUUGUCCUGGGAAAAUCAUUGGUGGGGCAAGUUAUAAUAGAACCCCUUCUCCUCCAAAUGGACAUGCUGUCAAGGUAAAUGGUAACUGUGCAGUAAACUCAGAGAGUCCGCAUAACGCGAACACACUACACAUGCAGUGUCAAAGCAAUGGAACCUGGAAUAGGCCAGCAAGUGCCGCUACUUGUCUGUGUAAACCUGGUUAUCAAAUCACUUCUCAGGGAUGCCAAGAAUGUCCUAGUGGAAAAUUCAAACCCAGCCUAAGCAAUUCAGAGUGCAGCAGCUGCCCGGUGAAUACUAAUUCCAACAACUCUAGACAGCAAUGUGAAUGCAAUGCAGGAUUUUAUCGGGGCCCAAAAGACAAAAAAGAAGGAAAAUGUACAGCACCGCCAUCAGCUGCAAGAAAUUUAUCAAUAAUAUUUCAAGACCAAUCCGUAAUCGUUGUUGCUUGGCUGCCGCCUUUAGACAACGGAGGGAGAGAAGACGUCGUCUACGACAUCAACUGCUUUCAAUGUGAUCCAGGUCCACACUGCAGAAACAAGCAACUCUGUGGUGGGAAACUAGAAUUUUGGCCAGUGAGGUUUAAUAAUCAUUUUACGCAUGUUACACUGACAGGAUUACAACCCAACACAUCAUACAUGCUUAGGGUUACUGCUGAAAACGGAGUGAGUUACUUGUAUGGGCCUAGUCCGAGUAGGAAUGCUGAGAUUCAGUUUGGAACAAGGAUUUCAGCUAAAAUGCUUUUGGAUAAGACCUAUGUUGAUGACACUACAGCUGUUCUAACAUGGAAUUCCGUGGAUAAUCCUCACGAGUUUUCAAGCUAUGAUCGCUAUGAAAUAUCCUGCUUUAAAUGUGAUCAAGGCGGAGACAGUGUUAAUCACCAAUGUACAGAAUCCUGUGGGGAAAAAAUACGGUAUUGGCCGGGUAAAGAAGGGCUCAAGGACAACCACGUGACUGUGUCGGAGCUGGAACCAUCCACACUGUAUAAGUUUGUUUUGUAUGUCUGGAAAUACCGUACUGCGUUGUCUUCAGUGUUGAUCGAGACAAGUGCUUCCACAGAAGUUUCUCAGGGUGGACAAUUCUUUAACCUACCGACAAUAAUUGCCUUAAUACUGGCAGGUAUAUUAUUCAUUGUUGCUGUGAUUAUAUUGCUGGUCACUUGCCAUCUCAGAAGACGCUGGUACAACACUGGCAAAUCCGUGGGUUCAGAUAAUAAUGGCUCUAACGAGGGUACUUACUCCAUUGAAAAUACUGACAACACAAUAAUUAUGGAAGAAAUACUACAUGACAUUGACCACUCUACAGCGGGGAAUCAAAUGCGUUAAAAACUGUCAGAAUGCAGGAAUGGUUCAGCAUCAAAGUUGAAGUGAUUUCGUUGUUAGCCUCUAAAUUCCCAUGAGUGACCAAGACAGAAUUUCUCCUUACAAUAUCAAUACAAUAUCAAGCAGAUAGGUGAUGAGAAUUAAGAAAAAUUUCAAUUAUAUUAGCUAAUAGUGGAUCAGUUUAUUGAUCCAAAACCAAAUUCUCCAAACUAACAUCAAAAGAAUUGUAUGUUAGACAGUAGGAAUAAUUACUCACAAGAUCUUGGGCAGACCAGGGGUUAACGAUUUGUCUUUAGUUAUCUAUCUAUAAUGGGACUGAAGAGUUAUUUUGUAAACAAAAUUCGAUAUCUAUUAUAUAUUAUUAUAUCUAUAAUCCCUUUUCUUUGUUGUUCUAUGAAUUGUUCUGCCAUCAAACGCCGACGAAGCACGGCAGCACGAUAAAAAAAGGAAUUUACUGCGUUCGAUUACAAUAAAGUAUUAUUGAUUUUAUUAUAGCUUAGACACUUGUUUAUGAAUUUGAAAACAAUUUUAGCGUAUAUAGACUUGGAAUAUUGGCAACCCAAAGGAUACCCUGGGUUGCCUACAUUCACGCAUUUUUUAGGGGUGUCCAAGUCUCCUGUCUAAAUAACUUUAGACAGGAGAAUUAUUUGGCUAUAAAAGUUAUGCCAGAUGUCCUAGCUACGGGGCAUUCUUCCUUCACAAAAUCAAUGUCGGAUUCAAUAAUGUGUUACUGUAUUACACUUAAAAUUAUCAUAGUUUUGACUUCAACUGAAUAUUGGACAGAAAUUUGGUAAAAGUGAACGUCACUUUGACUUCUAGGGAAACAAAAAAUCGAGCACUUUUCACUUAUGCAAACAAGAAAUUUAUAUUUGAGGGAUCUUUGGUUUUUCUUCGAUGUCUUUAAGGGCCGCCGAAGUAAAAUUGAUAUAUGUUGUUUUUACUCUCCAAUAAUUUCUUUGUUUCAUUAUCUGUAUCAAUAACAGAGUAAAGGCGCCAGGAAUACAAAACAAAAAAAAUGACAUGUGUUUUCAUUUCCUCAGAAGGAAAAUUAUUGCUUUAUUUUGUAAACAUAAAAUUACUUUCGGUCGAAUUGGUUAUAUUUGAUGCAUACAACAGCUUUUGUUUUGUUUUGUUUUUUUUAACCAAGUCUGAUUGCACCAAGUAACGCCAUUAUGAUAUGACAGCACCAAUGGCAACCCUUUAUUUCAAAUAUGUUACCAAAAUUAAAAAUUCCACAAAUCAAUCACAAAUUUUUUAACGUCAUUUUCUUCAGACUACCUACAUUGCUUUCCAGCCAUUAGUGAUUUCUGCACCUCCAUCAAGCGAUUCGACUGUAACCUUCCUAGCCCUAAUAUUGUUUGACAUUAGUAAGAAUUGCUUGGUUUUUUCUGGGAAAAUCUAUUCCUCUUAUUACUUAAUUAUUUCUCAGUUUGAAAAGAUAAUUGCAAAAUCAAAAUUAAAUAUUUCUAGAUCACUCUAUUCACGGGAGGUAUCUCCUCAAUGGUGUUACUCCACCAUGUGUCGCACGCCAGAAAACAGGUUCAUUUUUUUUUGUUUUUUGAAUUUAAAUUAUUCUUUCAUUCCUUAGAUGUACAUGUACAUGUAUUAUAGAAAUGCUUAUUUCUAGAAAAGAAUCUACUUAUUUAGCUUA